AUGGCAGGCUGUUCAAGCAUGAGAGAUUUCGGGGAUCAAGCCUACGCCAAUCGAGAUGACAUCCCACUGAAAGAGACUGGAACCGAGAGUGAUGAUGAAGAAAAGCAAGUUUAUCCACCGAGCUCAAAGCUUGCUCCGAUUUUGAUAGGACUUUGCUUUCAAUCUUUUUGUAUCGCCUUGGUAAGCUUCAAGUUAUUGUUACAAUUUCAUAAGCUAAUGUGCACAACUUACCAGGACAACACGAUCCUCUCAACCGCUGUUCCCAAGAUUACCGAACAAUUUAACUCACUAAGCGACUUAUCGUGGUAUGCCAGUGCUUAUCUCCUAACGACAUGUGCCGUCACCCUACCAUUUGGCAAGAUAUACACGUAUUAUUCGACGAAGUGGACAUAUAUUAUUGCUCUCGGCUUGUUUGAACUUGGGUCUCUAAUAUGUGCAGUGACACCGACAUCCAAGGGAUUGAUUCUUGGGCGAGCAAUUGCUGGUGUCGGAUCUGGAGGAUUGUCGCCGGGUGCUCUACUCGUGCUCGCGAAUAGUGUGCCCCUUCACAGACGUGCCCUCUAUUUCGGGAUCAUCGGUAGCACUAGUGGAAUUGCGACGAUCACAGGACCAUUGCUAGGGGGACUCUUAACUGAUCAUGUCAGCUGGAGAUGGUGCUUUUGGAUAAAUCUACCUUUUGGUGUCCUCACUGGCCUAGUCAUUUUGCUCUUCUUCAAGGACUCCACAUCGUCAAAACCCAGAAUAAGCCGCCUUGGGCAGCUAAAGCGAAUGGAUCCCCUUGGUGUACUUGCAUUCAUCCCCGCGAUCGUCUCCCUUCUAUUGUGCCUGCAAUGGGGCGGCACCAAAUAUAGCUGGAGCAAUGCUCGAAUAAUUGCCCUAUUCGUUCUGUUUGGCGUAUUCGGGUCUGCAUGGUGUCUUAUCCAGGUCUGGAAGCAGGACGACGCUACAGUUCCGCCUCGUUUACUCAAGAAUCGAAAUGUGCUUGGGGCAGUGAUUCACGCUACAUUCCUAGGUGGCUCCUUUUUCGUCUUUGGAUACUAUCUCCCUAUCUGGUUUCAAGCAGUCAAGGAAGAUUCUGCAUCAGAAUCUGGAAUCAACAAUCUUCCGAUGGUGGUGGCUAUGAUUGUAUUCUCUGCUUUAGGAGGACUGCUGGUGAAUAUCGUUGGAUACUAUACGCCACUCAUGUUCGUUGGAAGCGCAUUUCUCACGAUUGGCUCUGGACUGUGUACAACUUUUAAAGUGAACAGCGGACACCCGCAGUGGAUUGGAUACCAAGUCAUUCUUGGAAUUGGAGCAGGACUUGGCUUUCAGCAAUGCAUCAACGCACUUCAGACUGUACUGCCAUUACGUGACAUACCGGUCGGAAUUGCCAUCAUCACAUUUGCACAGAGCCUCAGUGGCGCAAUGUUUAUUUCGAUUGCCCAAACCGUUUUUCAGAAUCGCCUUGUGGCAAGCAUAACGGCCUAUGCUCCCAAUAUCAGCACAGACGCAUUAACAAAAGCUGGGGCCGCAAAUCUGUCCCACCUCGUGCCCAAAGAUGUACUGUCCUCCGUUCUACACGCCUAUAACAUUGCCAUCAUCCAGACAUUCUACGUGUCUGUUGCUGCCGCACUGUUAUCUUUUAUUGGUGCUGGACUUGUUCAAUGGAAGUCCAUGAAAAGACGACAGAAAUAUGACGACGCAGCUCGAUCCAGUCAAUAG